CAAAAAUACAACAAACAGUGCUCGCAAUGCGGUUCAGUCCGCUUUAAUUCAACCUAAUUUAACGUUACAUUCAAGUUCAGCUGAUCCCACGAUUCCACUGACGGCCAUUUACCAUCAGAUCCGUGGUGGCAGGUUCCGGACUCAUGGAGCCGUCCACUAAGCCUGGGACCAACCAGGUGGCUGACGUGGUAUUCGUCAUCGAAGGGACGGCAAACCUUGGACCGUACUUUGAAUCUCUAAGGAAAAAUUACAUACUUCCAGCUAUUGAAUAUUUCAAUGGUGGGCCUCCAGCAGAAACAGAUUUUGGUGGAGAUUAUGGAGGGACACAGUAUGGUCUUGUGGUGUUUAACACGGUCGACUGUGCUCCUGAGUCAUAUGUCCAGUGUCACGCACCAACCAGCUCUGCCUUUGAGUUUGUCUCUUGGAUUGACAGCAUCCAAUUUAUGGGAGGUGGAGCAGAGAGCUGUAGUCUGAUUGCAGAAGGACUUUCAGUGGCCUUGCAGCUCUUUGAUGACUUUAAGAAAAUGAGGGAGCAAAUAGGUCAAACCCACAAAGUGUGUGUGUUGCUGUGUAAUUCUCCUCCAUACCUGCUCCCUGCUGUGGAGAGUGUCAGCUACACCGGCUGCACAGCAGACAACUUGGUCAAAAUCAUCCGAGAUAGAGGAAUUCACUUCUCUGUGGUGGCUCCUCGGAAACUACCUGCUCUAAGAGCUUUGUUUGAACGGGCGUCUCCAGUAGGAGGGGCAGUGGAACCUCAUCCCGACUACAGUCAGGAUCCUUUUCACAUGGUCCUAGUCAGAGGCAUCUCGCUUCCUGUUUCCUCAGGUGGAGGACCUGGGCCGCACAAACCUGUCCUCCCUCCUCAGCCGCUGCCUGUCAGUCAGCCCGUUGUGGGACCUUCGCAGCCCACUCCACCCAUUAACACAGCCCACCCUUAUCCGGUAAUGGGAAAGCAACCGCAGAGUAAUUCGGCCCCGAUGACUCCUGCUCAGGUGGCUGCACAGAUGGUCGUGGAGGCAGCCAACAGCCAGAAGAGAAGCUACCCACCAAUGGUCCAGCAAGGUCCCCCAUUCCCCAGUCAGCCAACAAUACCAACAGUCCCUGGGGUGAAGCCCAGCAUAUCAACAGUCACCACAGGUACUCAACUGCUGUCGCAGCAAGUUCCUCCAAAUCAGCAGCAGACAGUCCCACCCUCAGGACAGUCAGCACCCAAUCAGCAGCCACAGGCACCACCGCAGCAGCAGCAGACAGCAAAUCAGCCCACGCCGUCGUCAGCACAGUCCAACAUGGCUGGUGCAGCUGGAGCUCAAGGCAACGCAAAUCAAAUUGGACAACAACAAGGUGUAGCCAAUAAGAUAGUGGCAUGGACUGGUGUUCUGGAGUGGCAAGAGAAGCCUAAAGCCUCAUCUAUGGAUUCAACCACCAAACUGACGCGUUCUCUUCCUUGUCAAGUGCACGUUAACCAAGGAGAAAACCUAAACACAGACCAGUGGCCACAGAAGCUCAUCAUGCAGCUGAUUCCUCAGCAGUUACUGACAACCUUAGGUCACCUCUUCAGAAACUCUCGAAUGGUUCAGUUUCUUUUCACCAACAAAGACAUGGAGUCGCUAAAAGGCCUGUACCGCAUUAUGGCUAAUGGUUUUGCUGGCUGCGUCCACUUCCCCCACACUACUUCGCCGUGUGAAGUGCGGGUGCUGAUGCUGCUCUACUCAUCCAAGAAGAGAAUAUUCAUGGGCCUCAUCCCCAACGACCAGAGCGGCUUCGUCAACGGCAUCCGGCAAGUCAUCACCAACCACAAGCAGGUCCAGCAGCACAGAGCGCAGUUGGGCGGUGCAGGGGGUCCAAUGCAGCCUGGUCAGGUCCCCCCGAAUCAAAACUUCCUCAACAGGCCCCCUGGUCCCAUUCCUGUUUCCCACGGCAAUGUCCAGCCUCAGUCUGUGGUGGUGGGCAUGCCCCCUGUUAGUCAGGUCUCUAUGAUGGAGGAGCAGCAGAGGCAGAACAACAUGAUGACAAUGAGAGCAACGGGACCGACCAAUCAACAGCCGCCAGUCAGCGGUGCCCCACCCAACCAGGUCGCGCAGAGCGGACAAGCCCCUCCCCAGGGUCCCAUACUUCGCCUCUCAAACCCAGGAGCCAAUCCACAGCUUCGCAGUCUUCUCCUCAGCCAACAGCCACAGGGUCAAGUGUCUCACAUGACCGGCAUGAUGUCUCACCAAGGUUUAGGACAGCAGUUGGUCCAUCCGGCACCAGGAGGGGGGGCUCAAAUGCAGGGCCAGUGGAGGCAGCCCAUGGCAGGUCCGAUGCUGAUGUCUGGAGGUCAGAGAGGAGCUGUACCUCAGCCCGGGAUGCCCCAAGUCUCCAGCGUCAUGGAGGAUGAAAUCCUCAUGGACCUUAUCUGAUUGAGCGCUGUGGACUCAGCAGCAGGGACUUUAGUUGAAUCUUGGCAGCUAUUUGCCAGUUUGGACACAUGCAUCCACUCUGUUGCUUUAUUGCUACAAAUGUUCAGCAUAAUUAAGAAACGA